GUGCUAUCGCUAAGGAGUUCUUGGAAUCGGCUCGUCCAUGUGAAGAGUUUUUCCCAGAACUCAGUGAAAAGGCUCAUCUAUUCAAUGGAUUUCAAUUCCUAGGAUUGCAAAGGAAUGAGCAUGACUACUAUGAGAUGACAUCUUUGUCGAAUAUGCUGGUCGACAAAGUGGAACCUCGAAAAUGGCCUGCAGGAACAUAUGUGUGGGGCAACAGUCCUCCCGAUAAACCGUUUCGAAAAGUCGUCGAAGGGCAGAAAAUUUUCGAUACCUUCAUUGCUUCCCUGGAUCCACAGAUCGGUGUCGAAGAGCUGAUCACACGAUUAAUGGAGAUCGGUACGGACGAGACAGAGU